UCUGAAGUAUAGUGGCCUACACAUGUUCUUGAAAUAUUUAAAAUCUCCAUGCUAAUUAUAUUAAUUGCUUGAUCAACUGCAGCCUCCGUUUGUUGAAUUCUUGAUUUUUGGGAUAUUGACUUUCUCUGUGUUUUUUGAGGAAUCAUGAAUGCUUUAGCAGCAACAAAUAGAAACUUUAAGCUGGCAGCUCGACUGCUAGGUUUAGACUCUAAGCUGGAAAAGAGUCUGCUAAUCCCUUUUAGAGAAAUUAAGGUGGAGUGUACAAUACCAAAAGAUGAUGGCUCAUUGGCAUCUUUUGUUGGAUUCAGAGUACAACAUGACAAUGCUCGCGGGCCUAUGAAAGGCGGAAUCAGAUACCAUCCUGAGGUUGACCCGGAUGAGGUAAAUGCCUUAGCACAGCUAAUGACAUGGAAAACAGCAGUAGCUAAUAUACCAUAUGGUGGGGCUAAAGGGGGCAUAGGAUGUAAUCCUAGUGACCUGAGUAACUCUGAGCUAGAACGACUUACUCGAGUAUUUACUCAAAAAAUACAUGACCUGAUCGGAAUUCACACAGAUGUUCCAGCACCAGAUAUGGGAACAAAUCCACAGACAAUGGCAUGGAUUCUAGACGAGUACUCAAAAUUUCAUGGUUAUUCACCUGCAGUGGUAACCGGAAAACCUAUUGAUCUUGGUGGAUCCUUAGGCAGAGAUGCAGCUACCGGAAGGGGUGUUCUCUUUGCUACGGAAGCACUGCUAAAAGAGCAUGGCAAGAGUAUUGCUGGGCAGCGUUUUGUUAUACAGGGAUUUGGGAAUGUUGGUUCCUGGGCUGCAAAACUCAUCAAUGAGCAAGGUGGGAAAAUCGUUGCAGUAAGUGACAUAACAGGUGCCAUAAAGAACGAGAAUGGACUCGACAUAGCAAGCCUACUCAAACACUUGAAGGAAAAUCGUGGAGUUAAAGGUUUCAACGAUGCACGGCCAAUAGAUCCACAUUCAAUACUAGUAGAAGAUUGUGAUGUUCUUAUACCAGCUGCCCUUGGCGGAGUAAUCAACAGGGAUAAUGCAAAUGAUAUUAAAGCCAAAUAUAUUAUUGAGGCAGCUAACCAUCCAACUGAUCCAGAAGCUGAUGAGAUUUUGGCAAAGAAAGGAGUUGUCAUCCUACCAGACAUAUACGCUAAUUCAGGUGGUGUCACCGUUAGUUAUUUUGAGUGGGUUCAGAACAUCCAAGGCUUUAUGUGGGAUGAGGAUAAAGUGAAUGCUGAGUUGAAGACAUAUAUGACAAGAGGCUUUAAACAUGUCAAGGAUAUGUGCAAGACUCACAACUGUGAUCUCCGAAUGGGUGCCUUCACGUUGGGCGUGAAUCGUGUAGCUAGAGCAACUGUUCUAAGGGGAUGGGAAGCUUGAGAAUGAGACACACGGUGGCUUGUUUUUCAUUUGAAAACAUGGAGUUCACACUUGUCUGUAUUAAGAAGAAAAAAAUGUUCUACCCAAGGACAAUUUGGCUUCUGAAUAAUAAUUGAAAGAUGCACUCAAUAUGCAAACUAGUUUGUUGUUUCUUGAUCU